UUUCCGGAAAUUUUAUAUGUAUUUUUAAGGAAAUACACUCGUGAUUCUUUUAUUUGGUAUAAUCACAACUGUAUAAGAAAAAAGAAGAAAUGCAAAUAUUCAAAGUCUGAGGACAAUUCGUGUAGAGGCAAAAUGAAGAUUCCAGAAAAACCGGAAGGGGAACGAUUUGGCUUUUAUAGAAUUGAGCUUACUGAGGAUGGUUUUGAACAUUUUGUGUCAGAAUUUGAAGAGGAGGAUGAUGACUAUGGAAAUUUUAUUUUUGAAUUUUUUAAAGAAUUUAAUAGCAAUAAUACUGUAAACGAGGUUACGGUAGGAAAAAUUUUUAGAGUUGCUGACUUGGGGCAUUUAAUAUGGCAAGGAAUAUUGGGAAAUUAUAACUAG